AUGUCCUAUGAUCGUUAUGUCGCCAUCUGCAAACCCCUUCAUUAUUCUUCUAUCAUGAAUCCCAUGGUCUGCAGAAAACUUGUCGCUGGCUGUUGGAUAAUUACUUUGUUGCUCAUGAUACCACCACUUGGCUAUGCGCUGACACUGGAGUUUUGUGACUCUGAAAUUGACCACUUUAUUUGUGAUUCUAAUCCUCUCCUGAAGAUCUCAUGUUUGGAUACAGAAUUCAUAGAGAAGAUGGUUCUUUUCUGCUCUUCAUUUAUCCUACUAGUGACUCUCACGUUUGCGGUUUGGUCCUAUGGAAGUAUCAUUCGCAUGAUUCUUGGGUUCCCCUCUGCUCAGCAAAAGAAAAAGGCAUUUUCUACCUGUUCCUCCCAUUUGAUUGUGGUUUCCAUCACUUAUGGCAGCUUUAUCUUCAUCUAUAUAAAACCUUCUGCAAAAGAUGAGAUGGCUAGUAUUAAGGUAAUAACGGUAUUCGCCGUUUCCACCAUGCCCGUGUUAAACCCACUCAUUUAUACUCUAAGAAACAAACAGGUGAAAAAAGCUUUGAAUGACUUUGUAAAACAACUACUACUCUUGGGGUCACAGAGCUAUCACCAGGGUUGA